CACCUCGUUUCGCCUCUUCUCGCGUUAUUGCACGCCACCGCUACCUUUUUCGUCCUACAUGGAAAUGCGAAGUUUCCGUUCUCCGGCUACAAGUUGUCAACGCAGUCAACGGGAGAAAGGCGGCACUGCCAGUUCCGAUCCGAAAGCUGUUCAGCCGCGGAAAAAAAUGUCUCGCAGUUAGCCGCCUUCCUUCUAGUCAACCGUCGGGCGCCUAGUUGCACAAUAUGGCAUCGAAACUCACCGCUACAGUUCGCGCAGUGGGCUCCAAACGGCUCAGCGUGCCGCAACGGGCAGCGCUCGUACUUACCAAAGCAGCUGUGGAUCGCGUCAGAACUUUACUCGCCACGAAGAGAGACGUUAUUGGGUUGCGAGUCGGCGUGAAGCACCGCGGCUGCAACGGCCUCACGUACGUCUUAGACUACGCGACCGAGAAAGGCAAGUUGGACGUCGAAGUGCAACAGGACGGCGUCAAAGUGUUCAUCGACUCCAAGGCCCAACUAACGCUUCUUGGCACAGAAAUGGACUACGUUGAGACCGAGCUGUCCAGCGAAUUUGUUUUCAACAACCCGAACGUCAAGGGAACGUGCGGUUGCGGCGAAAGCUUUACCGUGUGAGCAUGGUUGUAGCGAAGUUGUUGAAAUAAAUUAGUGUGUUAGACCAGUUGCUAACGUCA